AUGGAUCUGAGAGGCAUCAACUUCACGAUAUCAGUGGUAUCUUGCUCAUGUGUUCCAAAAAUGAACGUCUUGUACAAUGUAACUUCUGAUUUGACCGGGGAUUGUCCUCCAGAAUUCGACUAUGUAGUGGAAAACAACAAAAGUUAUAACUGUUUACCAUCAGAAACAAUUGGAGCGACUCCAGGAACUUAUGCAAUGCUCUGCUCAUCUUCAACCCUGUUUUCAUUGAUGAUCUUAAUGAAAAUUUUGACCUCUUUUCAUAUUAUCAACGCUUUCGAUCUUUUAGACAGCUGGUUUGGAGCAAACAUCACGAACAUCAACGAAACUUCGUUUUUCAACUGGAAGCCCUACCCAGACUCAACGAAGAACAUUGUCUUAACUCAGGAGGUAACGCAUUCCAGACAUACGGAGCAGCGUGACGAAAAACCGCGGCCAGCCAGGCGGGAUCCGGCAACGGGAAUGUUUAGGAAACCUGUUGAGCUGCUGCGGAGUGAUCUAGUAUGUUCAUGUCUGGAUAUGAGGUCGUAUAGAUAUGUUGGGGAUUUUAAUAAAAGGGUUUUGAAGGUAAGGACUGCAAUGAAGCAUUGGAAAGAGAAUGGAAGAACUAAAACGAGAAAAAACUAA